UCAAUGGGGAGCACUGUUCAAUGGGGCCGUUCAAGACGAGGCUUGCCAGCGCCGGAGAGCGAUUUUUGUCUCCCACGCUGACAAGGCAAGCGCAGGCAUCGGAGCCAAACAGAGACCAUCCAGACCAACCCCAACAGAGACCAGCCUCGGCGGCGGCGGCGGCGAUGGGGAUCGGGGAGCACUUUGAGGGCGUCAAGCAGCACUGGGCGCGCAACUUCGCCUUCCUCGACUACUUCAAGAAGGUCUACGGCCGCGCCGAGCCCCUCCCCAAGUGGUCCGACGCCGACGUCCAAGAGUUCAUCGCAUCCGACCCAGUCUACGGCCCCCAGCUCAAGGCCCUGCGUGAGUCCAGGAAGUUUGCUCUCGCCGGGGCCCUCGUCGGCGGCGCCCACCUCGGAGGCGUCGCGUUCAAGUACUCCAAGGCGCCGCACGGUGUGGUGUUGGCGACCGGGUUCGGGGCGCUCACCGGCGCCGUGCUGGGAUCGGAGGUGGCGGAGCACUGGUACCAGCUCUACAACAUGGACAAGCAGGGGGCCAACCUUAGGUUCAUCUACUGGUGGGAGGACAAGGUCUCAGGCCAGAAGAGCUGAACCACAUCAAAUGAUGCCUAUUCGAGAAUACGAGCUUGACAAAACAAUGAUGUCUCUUAUGUGGAAUUCAUAGUUUUUGCUUCCUAGCUUUUUCCAAUAAGGUGCGUAUUGGUCGUGGAAACCAACUGGACAAUGUAUUUUACUCUCUAUAAUGAGAGAUGUUUGUCCUUAGUACUCUACGAUGUUCAUGCUCGCUCUGGUGUAAACAGUAAACCUGGUCUUUUCCAAGAUAUGUUUUCUCAAACAACUAUUUUGCAGCUACUAGUUACAAUUGAUAAUGGAUAUAUAAAAAGGCUGCACACUGGAUUCAAAACCA